CAUAAACUUUGCAUUUUAUAAUUUUCAGCGACCAACGCAACAAUAUACGAUUCAACGACAACACCCCCAAUAUACUUGAAGAAGAAGAAGAAGCGCUUAUCUCUAUCGUCAAUUAUUCCCUGCUUUUUCUUUUGCCUUUCAAUUUCAGUUAUGCGUUCACACCUUUACGUUUUCUCUUUCUAGCCAUGUCAUCGCCAAACUCCGUUCCUCAACCUCACGCGCCGCUCCUUCGCCCGCGCCGCGAUGCCGCUCGCCCUCCCGUCCUCGCUCUCCUCCUCGGCCGCCGUGGCCACUCCGUUGUGGUCCGGGAGACGGCAGCGCGUGAGCUCGAGGAGCGUCGUGCCGACUGGAGUUACUCGAAGCCGGUUGUGGCGUUAGACAUGACGUGGAACAUCGCCUUCGUGGUGGUAGCGGCGGUGAUGCUCGGUUGCACUCUAGAGGAGAAGCCAAACACGCCGAUCCGGGUGUGGAUCUGUGGCUACACGGUGCAGUGCCUUGUCCACGUGGCGCUGGUGUGGCUCGAGUACCGGAAGAGGAAUGAGAGGCCUAGGGAUGAGGAAUCCGGUGGUAACGUUGAAAACGACGACGUCAACGACAGUGACGACGACGACGUUGGAGUUGGAAGCUCAGGGAAUUCCUCUCGCUCUGGAUUCACCAAACGAUGCGCAUCCUUGAAUUCCAUGGUUUCAUUCCUUUGGUGGAUGGUAGGCUUUUACUGGGUAGUAUCUGGCGGUGAUGUUCUUCUGCAAGAUGCUCCACGUUUGUAUUGGUUGGCUGUUGUCUUUCUGGCAUUUGAUGUCUUCUUUGCCAUCUUUUGUGUUGUUUUGGCAUGCUUGAUUGGAAUUGCUCUGUGUUGUUGUUUGCCCUGUAUUAUUGCUAUCCUCUAUGCUGUUGCAGGACAGGAUGGUGCAUCAGAAUCAGAUCUAAGUAUACUUCCAAAAUACAGAUUUCAAAUGUUAAACAACGAGAAAGCACCUAGUGACGGAGGAGGAUCAAUGGUUCCCGUGUGCGGUGGUGACUUGACCCAGAGAAUACUUUUACCUGAGGAUGCAGAAUGCUGCAUAUGCAUCUCUUCAUACGAGGAUGGAGCUGAACUUCAUGCUCUUCCUUGCAACCAUCAUUUCCAUUCUACAUGCAUAGUGAAAUGGUUAAAGAUGAAUGCAACUUGUCCUCUUUGCAAGUACAAUAUUCUUAAGGGAAAUGAACAGGUGUGACGUAAUAGUAAACACAAUCGAUGACAUAUAUCAAGCCUAGCUUAAUGAUGUGACAGCACAGACGUUUCAACUGUUGAUGUGUAUAUGUAGAUAAUAUCAAGACAUGAACCAAUACAGCUUCUCCCAAUAUGCUCGGUUAAGCAGUCGUUGUUUGCUUAAUUGCUUCUGUAGAGAAAAGGUAGAGCUAAGAAGGAAAGCUUCUUAUGGAGAGAUCUAUUUGAAUAAGUUAAUGAUUUCAUCUGAUCCUUGUCUUGUCCUUUAUUAGUGGAAAGUUAUCCUAUUUCUUGUAUCGAAUUUGUUCAUAUGGGAGAAAACAAUGGCAAGUGUGGCAGUUCAACUUUCAGCUUAUUUCAUUGUGUAUUUUAUGGAUUCUUGAUUGUUUUCUGGUAGAAACAAAGAUAAUUGCUUUUUUUUUGCUAGGUGGUCACCUAGUUGAGAACCCUACCCUCACGGGCUUCUAUAACUAUGAUUGGUCGUAGCAAUAUUUUGGUCUCCUGUCCUUUGAGGGCGUGAGACUACGUCAGG